AUGACAAGUGCAACUAACGUUAUAAACCCAUCACUUAUUAAAAUUGAAGAAUUAAAUAUUUCUAGAACAUCAUGUGAAACACAAGGAAAUACCAUAUUACAAUCAGUCGAUACACAAUCAAUGUCAUCAUUAAAUGAAUAUAACGAAAUAAAAGAUGUAAAGAAAAUAAAAGGGACUAAAAAGAAAAGAAGGGCUUCAGAUGAUCAUGCUUUUCAAAGAAUGAGAAAUUAUCAAGUUUUCCAACAAGCUAUUUUUAUUGCUUUAUUAAGUCAAUUCUUUGAAAUUGUUAUUAGACCACCAGUAAAGAAAUCUAUUGUUUCGUUUCAAUUAUUAAGAGUUGAUGCUAUUAAAUUAAUGAAAGAUGUUUUAAGUAUUAAUGAUUUUAUUAUUGCACGGUGUAAAGAAAAAUAUAAAAUGGAUAUUAAAAUGGGUACUUUAGAAAAAACAGCUAAAAGAAGAAGUGAUACAAAUAGAGUAACUGAACUACUUCAUUUGCUGCAAGACCUCCUUCGUGAAAAAGGAUUUAUAUUUAUAUCUAAAUUUACUGAUGGCAAGAAUGGUGCACAAGUAAUAGAAACAAUUACUUCUAUAAAAGGUCCAAAUGGACUUUAUUUAACACAAACAGAUAUUACUAAAAAAGGAGAAACUAUCAGUAAAUAUUUGAAUAGUGAAAUGUCUAAAUCAACAAGAAAAUUUAUUCCAAUGAAUGAUAAGACAUUACAAAGUAUAUUAUUUGAUUAG